UGUAAUUAGCAUUUUGUAUUUACCCUUGUUAUGACAGAUUACUGGAACCCUCAUUUUAAAUGCGAAGUUUCUGUCAAGCACGAAUACUAGCGCUUCAUUCAGCUUGCCUGAUUACCAAUCAAGCAAGGGCAAACAAAGGUGACUUGCUAACAGCAUCAUGUGUUCUUUAUCUCAAUAAACAAAAGAAGCAUGCAGCAGUGGUAGAGUUCACUCAAAAGCUGUCAACAAAGAGAAACACCUUGACAGUUGGAGGAUCAUAUGCUGUUGAUCAUCAAACAGUAGUGAAAGCUAGACUUGACGAUCACGGAGAGUUUAAGACUGUUCUACAGUACAAUGUUAGACCCAAGUCAUGCCUGGCUAUCUCUGGUGAAUUCAACACCAAGGCACUUGACAAGAUUCCUAAAAUUGGGUUGGCACUUUCUCUUGUUCUUUAAAUGAUUUCUCAAUUUUCAUAUGCCACUGGAGCAAUUUC